AUGGUGGAUAUUCAAGGCUACUUGAUAUUAUUCCUUAUUUGGCUAUUUUCUACCUUAUUUCUUAAAUAUGUUGUGUUUCGUAAACGGAACACAUGUCACCUUCCACCAAGCCCAUUUGGUUUACCAAUCAUCGGUCACUUACACCUCCUAUCUCCUAUUCCCCACCAAGCACUUCACAAGCUCUCAACUCGUUAUGGGCCUUUGAUCCAUAUAAAUCUUGGAUCCGUCCCUUGUCUAGUAGUUUCAUCACCCGAAAUGGCUAAAGAAGUACUCAAAACACAUGAAACUUCCUUUCUAAAUCGACCACAAACAUCAGUAGUUGAUUACUUAACUUAUGGUUCACAAGACUUUUCCUUUGCGCCUUACGGUGUUUACUGGAAGUUCAUGAAGAAAAUAUGCAUGUCCGAGCUCCUUGGAGCUCGAACAUUAGACAUGCUUUUACCAGUAAGACGCGAUGAAAUAAAGUGUUUUAUUGAAUUUCUCUUACAAAAAGCGGAGUCUAGUGAAGAGGUAGAUGUUGAAGCUGAGCUUCUAAGGGUUUCAAAUAAUGUUAUUUCGAGAAUGUUAAUGAACGAAAGGUGUUCGGAGGACAAAGAUGAAGCCGGGAGUGUUAGGAUGUUGGUUCAAGAUAUCGCGGAACUUACUGGGAAAUUUAAUCUUUCGGAUUAUAUUUGGUUUUGUAAGAACUUGGAUUUGCAAGGGUUUGGAAAAAGGACUAAAGAUGUACGUAAAAGGUUCGAUGAAAUGAUGGAGAGGAUUAUGAAUGAACAUGAAGAAGCAAGAAGGAAGAGAAAUGGUGAAAACAAGGAUGGAGAUGAAAGUGUAGUGAUCAAAGAUUUGCUUGAUAUUUUACUUGAUAUAUCGGAGGAUGAAUGCGCGGAGAUGAGAUUGACAAGAGAGAACAUCAAAGCCUUUAUCCUGGACAUAUUUGCUGCUGGCACGGAUACUGCGGCUAUCACAGUAGAGUGGGCACUAGCAGAACUCAUCAACCAUCCAAGCAUUAUGCAGAAAGCAGUUCAAGAAAUUGAUUUUGUCAUAGGUAAAAGUCGAAUUGUCGAAGAAUCGGAUAUCUUGAAUCUUCCUUACCUUCAAGCUAUCGUUAAAGAAACUCUCAGACUACACCCUACGGGGCCUAUGAUCCUCCGAGAAUCAACGGAAGAUUGUUGCAUUGGAGGUUAUCACAUACCGAAAAACACUAGGUUGAUAGUCAAUACAUGGGCGAUUAACAGAGAUCCUGAGUAUUGGGAAAAUCCACUUGAAUUUAUACCUGAGAGAUUUUUGACUGAAGAGGAGGAGGGGAACACGAAAUCCCAAUUGGAUGUGAGGGGACAACACUAUCAUUUUUUGCCAUUUGGCACGGGGAGAAGAGGUUGCCCCGGAACAUCAUUAGCAUUACAAGUAGUUCAAAUAAGCCUUGCUUCGAUGAUACAGUGCUUCGAAUGGAAGGUUAGUGGUGGAGAGGUAAGUAAAGUCGAUAUGGAAGAGGCACCUGGCAUUACCCUUCCUAGAGCUAAUCCUUUGGUUUGUGUUCCAGUGACUAGGUUUAAUCCAUUCACAUCAACAUCAACAACAACAUCCGCUUAG